AUUUUUCUAAACCUUCUCAUCGAGAUUCAUCAGGAAAGAAACACAAAACAAGGAGCCAAUUAUUAUUCCAGAAAGAUUCUGAAGACUUUAAGAUUCGAGUGAAAUAAUUCUUUUUCUUCUUUUUUUUUCUGUAAGAAUACAUUUCUAACACCACGUUGUAUAUAUUGCGGAAUUUUGUUUUGUUUGUUUGUUUGUUUUUUACAGACAAAGCUAAGUAUCUUUUUAUUGCGUCCAGUAUUCAAAUCACUUCUCAAGAUUGAAUGACGUCAUCUUGAAUUGUUUGCCGAUUGCAAGCAGCACGAACAUCCGAGCGAUAACUGAAAUCUCUGAAUUAACAAAUAGGAUACAAAGAAGGGGGUGUUUAUAUAUUUCGUUGAUGACAACAAGCGGUUGCAACAUUAGAAAGAGAGAAAAUACUCCUUUUUAAACAAAAAUAAUAAUCCCUCUCUAAAUAAUUAUAUUUAGUUAUAUCUAACUAACAAAUGUAUUCAAACUCAACGGAUCUUAAAUUUUCGAAUGAGACUACAAAAGUUUCCUUGCAGAAUAAAAUUGGUGCAGAAGCCUGCAACGUACUAAUGGAAUUACGUAACACGGGUCAACUAUGUGAUGCAGUGAUCAAGGUAGACGAAGAGUCUUUCAUGAUACAUCGCGCCAUCUUAUCUGCUUGUAGUCCCUAUUUCCGAGUGUUGUUCACAAAUGAAAAAUUCGAGAUAAACCGUCAAGAAGUCACCAUAACUGACAUCACAGUCGACAUAAUGCGAUCCAUUAUUCAGUAUGCUUAUACUCAGGAUUGCUGUAUUAACCAUAACAAUGUCAAAUCUCUCCUCGUUGCGGCUGAUUACUUCAAUAUCAUAGGUUUACUAAGAAUAUGUUCUGAAUAUCUCAUAUCGCAAUUAAACUCACACAACUGUAUUGGAAUUGAGAAAUUCGCUCAGACAUAUUUCUGUCAAGAACUUCAACAGGUCGCCCAUAGAUAUCUGAUGGUGAAUUUCAGUGAAGUCUACAAAAUUUCCAAUGAGUUCUUGCAGUUGAAUGUGGAUAAUGUCUGCGAAAUAUUCGCUUCAGACGAACUCAAUGUUAGAAGUGAAGAGAUAACCUUUAAUGCCAUCGUUAGAUGGGUAGACCAUGACCCAGGCAGUCGUGUAGCACACAUAGGCCAGUUAUUGCAGACGAUGCGAUUAGGCCUUCUGUCUACCGAAUACUUCGUCGAGAAGGUGAAAAGUCACGAAUAUAUAAAAGACAAUACAAGUUGCAAACCGGUCGUUAUCGAAACUCUGAAAUUUCUCUGCAACCUCGACGUAGAGAAAGAACUAAAAAUAAACAAGAAUAAUCAUAUAACACGUCCAAGGCUUCCUCAUGAUAUUCUCUUUAUAUUCGGCGGCUGGAGUGGAAAUAGUACAACUAACAUAAUUGAGACUUAUGACUCACGGGCCGAUCUGUGGGUGAAAAAUACCAAUAUUAAAUCUGAUUUCCGAGCGUAUCAUGGUACCUGUGUUUUGGACCAACUGAUUUACAUCAUCGGUGGCUUUGACGGUACAGAAUAUUUCAACAGCGUUCGUUGUUUUGACCCCAUCAAGCAAGUUUGGUCAGAAGCUGCUCCAAUGUAUACCAAACGAUGCUACAUCAGUGUGGUGGUGCUACACUCCUUUAUAUAUGCCAUGGGGGGCUACGAUGGCCAAGUGCGCCAGAACACGGCUGAACGCUACAACAAAAACAAAAACCAAUGGAGCUUCAUUCAACCGAUGCAUCACCAACGUAGUGAUGCAAGCGCCACAGUUCUCUACGAUCAUAUUUACAUAUGUGGGGGAUUCGAUGGCCAAGAGAUUCUUAAUUCGGCUGAAUAUUACGAAUCCGGUUUAAACCAAUGGACACUGAUUCCACCAAUGUUAAGUCUUCGAAGUGGCGUCCGUAUUGUUGCUCACAAUCACUUUCUAUACGCAUUGGGAGGUUUCAACGGAGCCAAUCGAUUGAGUUCUGUUGAACGAUACAAUCAUGAAACGAAUAGCUGGGAAAAUGUCUCCGAAAUGGACACGCCGAGAAGUAAUUUUGCAAUCGAGGUUUUGGAAGGCAUGAUAUUUGCCAUAGGUGGAUUUGAUGGUUUCAACACCAUUUCCCGUGUAGAAUGUUUUGACACUGUCUCAGAGCAAUGGUACAAAACUGCCAGUCUGAACAUCAAUCGGAGUGCCCUUAGCGCAUGUGUCAUCGAGGGUCUCCCCAAUGUCAAACCGUAUAUUAGUGAGAGGAACAGGAAAGAAGGUGGUGCAGGCGGCAAUUCAAAAUCAAAUUUCUUCCAUCCAGAAAGCAACCGUUUCUCUCUUACAUAUUAAGAAAACAAAAAUUUGGGCGCGACAUACAAAAUUCUACUGAUACAAGGAACAAGACAGACAAAAUGACAAUAAUGACGAUAAUGAUAACGAUGAUGAUGAUGAUGACUAUGAUAAUAAUUAUAAU